AUGGACAAGUUCAAAGCCUUCACCAACACGGUCGGCAGCAGCAUCACCCCCUUCGCCGCCCGCAGCCAGCAAUGGAUCAAGGAGCAGACCGGCAACGCGGGCGAGAAGACGGACCUGCCGCACGACUACGUCGAGCUCGAGACACGCAUUGAGGCCUUGAAGAACACGCACCAGAAGCUGUUGGCAGCGACGGCUCAGUAUGCAAGCGAAUCUUAUGAUUACCCGGCGAACCUCCGUGAGAGCUUCCAGGACUUGGGCAAGAGCAUUGGCGAGAAGGUCAAUCUCCUCUCUAAAGCCGGCAGCGCGGCAGAGGCUCAGGCAGCCAUCACCGCACCACCGUCGGCGAAGCCGCAGCCCAAGACCUUCAACCAUGCCAUCGCUCGCGCCUCGCUUUCUGGCUCCCAGACCAUUGCCAUGGCGACUCCGCAGGGUUCCACCGAGCCCGACCCGCUCUCGCAAGGUCUCGAGAAGAUCGCUAUCGCCGAAGAGAAGGUGGGCGAAGCAAGACUGGAGCAGGACGAGAAGAUACAGGGCAAGUUCCUGGCCGGCUGGAGCGCGACGCUGAACCAGAACAUCAAGUCUGCCGAUAAGGCUCGGACUGCGGUGCAGAACGCUCGUCUGUCGCUGGAUGCUGCGAAGGGCAAGGCGGCUGCCGGUGGACGCCACGAGGAGUCGUACACCGAAGACCAGCGCAAGUCGAUUGAGGCCGCGGAGGAUGCGUUCGUGGAGAAGGUCGACGAGGCGACGAGCAUCAUGCGCAACGUCCUCGACACGCCGGAGCCGCUUCGCAACUUGGUGGAGCUGCUCAGAGCGCAGCAGGAGUUUCACCAGCGGGCUGCUGAUAUCUUGGAGGAGGUGGGCAGCAAUGUCAUGGAGCUCCAGCAGCAGCAGGAGGCGGAGUACAGGAAGGCUCGUGAUCAGUAG